GGGCAUCUGGUCGUCUGCCGUGUGACCUCCGUCCGCAGAGACAGACAGGCGGCCUCGCCAUCUACUCCUCAUUUUCACAAGUGAAUUUGCCCUUCGUCGAUCUCCGAGAUGGCAGCUGGACGAUUUGCUGGAACCAAAGUUAACUGGCCUUCACUUCUCGAACGUUUUCCCUUGAAAGAUGACGCGAAUUUGAGCAAAGUGCUGACGCUGAAGAAGAACCAUGAAGCCUUCUUGAGGAGGCUUGCUGUCCUCCCAGAGAAAGCACCUGCAAUUGAUUGGGCUGCUUACAAAUCUAAAAUUAGCCCUGCAUUCGUUGAUGCCAUCAAGCAGAAGUACGAAGCCAUCUCCGUUCCAUACCCCAAGAGCAAUGUUGAUGAUUUGAUCAACAACUCUGAGAAGGAAAACGACCAGAAAGUGGCUAACUGCAAAGCAGGCAACUUGAAGCUUGUUGCUGAACUUGAGGAGGAGCUGAAGGCGCUGGACAGCAAGCUGCCCAUUGAAGAAAUGACCAUUCAAGAGUACAAGCAGGCCUAUCCAGAUGUUGGUCCAAGUGUUUCCCAUCCCACUCCCCAUCCUCACGACGACCCGGACAACAACAGGGAAUGGCGUAUCUACAUUGCUGCUGCUGACAAGGGCGACAAGUCUGUUCCCAGGCCAGUUGGUUAAAACUAGGAAUGUAAAUUUUAUCCGAAUUUUUCACCCGAAACUUGGGUGAUAAGUGUAUAGAAAUCACAUAAGCUGACACUGAUUUAUAUCUGUUAGUAGUUUAAAUUGUUCUGCUUCUAAAAUUCAAUUAAACUACCUCCGGCUCUGAA